UCAACCAAUCAUAACCGUUUCCUGUUCACGUGACGUAAAUCCUAAGAACCGUAUCGGCGGGAAGUUCAGUCCGUCUGCCUCAGUUUACUAAGAAGGGAAGCGCACGCUGUUCGUCGAAAACAUCACAAAAAAGCAAUCAAAAUGCCUUCAGAAAAAGAAGAAGUCCAAACUGCCACUGAAACAACAGAAACACCAGAAAUUAAGACCAAGACUGUUGAAGAUGUGAAAAGAGCAGUUGAAGAGGCAGAAAAGGCACAAGAUGCUACUGAAGAAACUACUGAGACUAAAGAGGAAGAGAAAGAGAAAACUGAGGAGAAUGGCAGCAGUCAAGAAAAAGAAGAAAAUGUAAACCAAAAUGCCACAGAAUCUACAGAAUCAGAAAAAAGAACGUUAGAUGAAGAAGAGGCAGACAAUGAAGAUUCAAGCCCCACAAAGAAGACCAAGACAACUGAAACUGAUGAAAACAAAGAAUCAACAGAAGAAAAAUCAGAAGAAUCUAAUGAUUCUUGAAGACUUUAGUCAUAAUGAAUGUUGUCAUAUCAUUUUUACACUUGUUCAUCUCAUUUUUGUUGAGAAACUUCGUUCAUCUCGUAUUUAAAUAAUCACGAGCAGCCAAAUUGUGUCAUGUUGAGUGUUAUAUUUAGUAUAUUUGUGGAAUAAAUGUCGUAUAAAAUCA